UCUCAGGCAGCUUACCACUAUAAUUAUAGAACUUCAAAGGUGAAAAACAUUCUUCCCAAUGUCAGGAAACCAGGGCUUGCAUUCACGUCCGAGUCCUAGCUCGAGACUUUUGCAGAGACGCCUACGUUCUUCCGAUUUACAGAAGGGGUUUUUGGUAACUUCUCGAUCAUCAUCAAGCAAGAGUCAGCAGCCCGUUUUAUUACCCAACACUGUCACAGAAGACGUUGACAGCUUGCCGGAAGUUCAUGCUCGUGUUUCAUCCGGAACUUCGACCUUACAACUCACCAGUACCGAGAAGGGCAACGUCAGUGACCCAUUUUUAGACCAAUAUGGCUUAGAAUCAGGAACUUGGGUGGGAGAACCUCCAGUUGAGUCUCCAAGGUCAUACACAAUCGAGGAGCAAAGGCCGACACAGUCAGUGGCAGGCGGCAUUUCCAACCUUCCUUUGAAAAAGAAAUUCUCCCCUGCGUUUUCCCAUGCUUUCAAGGCAUCAAGCUCCUCUUCCAAUACUCAACCGCCUAUCACUGAGCGAUCUGACUCAGGGAACGCACCGACUCGAACACCCUCAAAGGUCCGCUGGGAGAAGCUACGGCAACAUGUUUUGGCACCAUCCCUUCCAGCUUCACCUCCUCCGUCUGCGCAUAUAUCUCAAAGCCCUUCCCGACCACAGACGCCCAAGCUAUCUCGUUUUCCGCGGCUUGGCUUCCGACAUGCUGUGGAGCAUGCACGCGAGGCUGCAGUCAGCGAGUCCCGUCGAUUUGCAGAGGAACUACUUCAAAUUUGUUGGUCCUUCCGUGUUCCGGAUGUGUUACGACAGAGCAAAAAUGAGCGAGAUGGGCCAUUUGCUACAGUUGGCUCUUCGUUGCACCUCCCCUUCAUGUCGAGUACUACUUUGAACUCUUUCGCGACUGGGAGUGCUAUGGUGCAGGCUCAGACAGCUCAGAAAGGACUUUAUAUUAAGAGACCUUCCUCCACAAUUUCAGGAGGGCAGAAUUCCUCCCUUGUCAUGACACUGCACGAGACCAUCCUUCGUUAUGCGUCGAAGAUCUCGAAUUAUCUUCCUCACGAAACUCUUGUUCUUUCCGCCCUGUUGACGCCAUUUUUAUCGAGCGAGAGCAAUCAGAAUGUGGACGACGAGCGGUGGACUGCAAUCGAGGCUUUCGAGGCUGCUGUCCAGACCUGGCAAGCGACAUCGGAUGAUCUUACUAUCGAGAGAUGCAUUUGGUGUUGCGACGCUGCGUCCGUACCAUCCUCCCUUCGGGCUCGCGUUCUCAGUGUUCUCACAUCGCUCCUGUUUCCCCGCACUGGUCCAAUCGAGCUCCCGAGUGUCCAUGCGUUCCUUUCUCUAGUCCAAGCGCUAGCUAUAACGUUGCUCCAGACACAGGAAGACCGAGAAGCGGCUACUCUAAGGGACAUCAUCUUGAAACUUCGCGACGGGACGUGUGGGAGUAUGGCAGGCUUUCUUGCUGCAGCAGAGAUCGAUGGCUCUCCGGUGAUGUUGGUUGGUGUGCGCCAGUCGGAAGUCAGGGAAGCCUUGGUCAUUGAAGCCCUGGUCCGUUGCCUUGAUCAUGGUCCCCUAACCAUGAAGCGGAAGGUCUUGCAUGAACUUCUCCAGGAAUUUUGGACACCUUUAUCUGUUUCAGGAUCAUUUUCCCCUAUGAUUUCAGCUAUCCGUUCUCGAGUUGUCAUAACAUUCGCUCAUGCUGCAGCUUUCCUUUGUGCGUCUGUAAAAUCGGAGCAUUUGGACACGCAGAGCGUCUUGCAUAUCCUGAAAUCGCGUGUCAUUCCUGAGAUGACGUGUCUAUCCGGGAAACGAGCAUCGGAUGCCCGUGCCAGCGUGUCUAGGCUUUUGAUCGAGUUGCUCUGCCUCGAGAGGGUCACUCACGAGAUGAUUGGCGUAAUUUGCAGUCUCACCGUGCAGUUGCUAGAAACGUCAGAGUGGAAGACGUCGUUGGAACAGAUGAUGCAACAUUUUAUUGCUGAGGGUGAAUGGCCCACAAUAAUCAGACUUUUGACCGCACUCUUUCACUUCCCAGAUGAGCUUCGCGGUCAGCUGUCCACGUGGUCCAUACCAUGUUUGCAAGAGAGAAUAGUUGCAGAUCCGCCACCUCUGCACUAUCCGGAACUCACGGGCGUCCUAGACAAGGCAUCACGCACAUAUCCUCAAGUGUUCUUCAAACCGCUUUUCACCUGUGCAGCAUCUUCCAAGGUGCUCACCAUCAGCCAUCAACUUGGAGUUAUUGCUGCUAUCUCAGUAUUCCUUCCCGACUUCUGGACAAGAGAUCCAGAGAUGAUAUUGGUAGCAUUGAUGAACGAACCCACUGUUAUCUCACAAUCUGGGUCCAAGAGGAAGUGGGCACAAGCAAGGCUCGGACAGAUGAUCAUACUAGUUGAGUUGAUUGCGCGUGUCAAAGCGGUACCACGAAUCAGCAAAGACUUUUCGUACCCUGAGGCCUCGGCCUUUACUCCAACCCAGUUUUUCAGUAUGCUAGAAGCGCGUUUAGGUGUGUUAUUAGAAGUGAAAGAACGAACUGCUCUGCUACCACUCUCCAUGCGCUUCCUCUAUUUGAUCUUGUUUACAGAAAUCAGACUCCUUACACGAUCCGUUAAGCGUUCAACUUGGCUGCGAUCGGCGAUUGGUUGGCUGUUGCAGUCGUAUAUCGGAGCUGUAGUGGAUGAAAAUGAAUCUUUGAUUGUCGAUGAUGACGUUUUCAGUGACGUCUCGCAAGCGCUGGGUAAAGUCAAAGAUAUUUACGCUUCAACGCAGGACAGCCUUCGAGCAUCUCACAAGCGCCAAAGCACAAUGCUCCUGUUGUCCAGCUUCAAUUAUGUUUCUGGGGACUGUCCUGAACACAGGACUAUGCUCAUGGACGUGUUACAUGAGAGAAUACUGUUUCUGUCGUCCCUGCCGCAAUCACUCACCCGCCAAGCCCUCGAUUUAUUGGUGGUGAUUUCUGCCUGCCUUACAUCAGAAGAUUACUUGCUCAUCGGACCUUCCUUGUGGGCUCGGUGUUUUGAUUGGGCGGAACCGCAGGCAGUGCUUUCAGCUUCUUUUCUGGUCAUGCAGUGUGCAGAGAAGGCCCCGCAUAGCAUACUUGAACUCAUCAGGAACGACUUGCAGGAUGAAGACAGUGCUGUGAAGAUCACUGCAAUCCAACGCUUGGAUAUGCUGGUGAAUAUGCGCUUCCAGAUUCUGUCUCAGCCUUUUUUAUCCGACAAGGACCAUCGGAGACCAUUUAAGUUAGCUCGUGACCCAUUGCCAUUUGUUCCAACCGACAUCGGUUCAAGUCUAUUCGUCCCAGAGCAAGAGGAUGAUGGUAACGAAGAGAUGCCAAAAGAACUGCGUAAACACUUAGCUGAAGUGGGAUGGUUGGAUGAAAAACGACCAACGGACCAGAAACGCGAAUGGGUGAGGACACCAUUGUCACUAUUGCCUUGUACUCUUCAGGAUCAAAACGCUGGCGCCACGGAGCGCCUUCAAUCUUCACCCCUGCCGUCCCCGGCAUCCACGCCAACCAAACCUCGUUCCAACAGUGAUGUUUCUGAUGGCCAGCUCAGUGGACGAUCGUCAAAUCCUACAAGCCGUAGCGUCAAACGCCGCGCGGUCUUUGUUCCUGUACUCGGGACUCUUCUCCCCCAGCUGGUCUCUAUGACUCUCGAUUCUUGUAUUGACGUCUCAUGCGCGGCUCGUGCCAGUGUCAUGGAUUUACUACGCCAUGAGCCUGCUCUUCUUAUUCGACCCCUCCUCGAUUUGCUUGCCAGCAAUAAUGAAGAAGCUGCCACGACAGCCGUCCGAGGGUUAUUGCAUCUAAAUCAGCACCUCCCUCCCGCCAUGGCUCAUUAUACAUUCAACCAUCUUGCUGGAUACCUUAAAUUCCUUGCUCGAGAAGUCACUUCACCCGAUGCACUUCGCCACUUCGCUCUUACGGCUGCUUUGUUGUCGAAUCUAGUUACGCAAGUCAGCGAGAUGUCCAUAAGGGAGAUUCGGCGAGCGAAGAUGGAUUUGUUCCUCAUUCCAUCCGGGUCGUUGUGGUUCACUGCGUCGUCUCCAUCCGGCCCCAUGUUUCCGAAAGCUCUGUCUCUAAGUGAGAGUCCAUCCGAGAUUCCGCCAUCCUUGAUAUCAAUCACAAUGAUCCGCGUGGCUCAGAAUCAGCUGUUUCUAUCCAUGUUAAAGCGAAACCCUCAAGAUGUCCGAGUUAUUCGGAAGACUAUGGAGCACAUUGUUCUACCUUCGACAGACGCCUUCUCAGCAGCACGCUCUCUGGAGUUGCCAGAUUUUGUACCGCAGCAGUUUGCACAACGGGAUGGACCAGAGUCGAUUUUGACCACACUUUCCUUGAUGCUUUCGCGGAGUCAUCUUCUGCUCAUAGCCCAGAUUUUCAGAUCCAUGUCAAGACAUCUUAGCGAUCCCAGCGAGCUGACUGUGUUCAUGGACGGUCUGAAUCGAAUUUUGCUCAGACAUGGAGAUGACAUUGGGAUUGUAAGCCAGUCCCUGAUCGCGUUAAUGGUGGCAAGUGCCCGCUUCAAUCGUCUCUUUACAUCUGGUGGAGGCUAUUCCCUCUUUAUGUUAUCUGUCAUAAAAGUGUAUACGGAGCAAGAGCACCAUCAGGGAAUCCAGCAGGCCAUCGAGUAUGCCAUCAAUCGCUUCCACGCCAUUCACCCGCAGGCAUUCGUCUUCCAAACACUAGACAUAGUGGUACACACCCUCUUGGAACCAACCUGCAAUAGCUCCUGGCUGGCGAAGAGUGUCUUUCGGAUGCUUUCUUCACUGAAUCGUAACAAUCCAACGGCAAGUCCAGAUGCUUCUGGCAUUCGGAACAUGAAUAGAUUGCAGGAGAAGGAAGCAUUGAUGGUCACCACUGCCGAUGAGAAACCUCAAGCAUUCAUGGCUGCUAUCCGAAGGGUUGGUAGCCAGGAAUCGCAACAGCUGAUCAUCAGUCUUCCCGAGGAGUACGAGACGAGAUCACUUGAUAUGGACGAUCUCGUACGGUUGUUGUUGACUGUUAUUGGUCAUGAUCCUUCCAUCGCCAGAGCCCAGAAUUUCCUUUCGCUCCUGAAAUUGUUAACACCCGCACUGUACAAUGCUUCCAGAUCGGCUAGGAGCGUGCUUUGCGAUGGUAUUGAUGCAGUUGGGACGAUCAUCCUACGCACAGUCGCGAAGGCUAAGCUUCCUGAACCAUUGACGAUGCACUCGGUGGGCGGUUUGAAUACGGAGAUAUCGCAGGAGGAAGGCAUUCUAGCGGACAAGCUCCACGAGAAAGCAAAGGCCUCAAGUGAUCUCACCAAUAUGCGGAUAGAAUAUCUCGGAUUGGCGCUCGCUUUCAUCAAAGCUGGAGGCCAGCUGCCCAACACUGCCACGGAGAAAAUUUUCGAUAUCGCGAGAAUUCUCCUGCGAGAAUCAUCGCACACAGAAGAUGAGGUCGUUGAUUUCCUAUGCCAGUAUUCCAAGGCCAGUCUCGUCGAACGUACACCUAGUUCCAAGGAAGCAAUUGCACUGCUCGAGAACCUCGCUCCUAUCAUGAACACCUAUGCGUCGGCUAUUAAUUUUGCUGGUAUCUACGAAGCCAUAUCUCAUUUGACUUCCAACAACCAAUUCACCAACGACAUCAUGUUCUCCAAUUUGGUGGUGACGCAGAUCUGCAGGUGCGGGUUAGAGUCUCAAGCGGCUUGGAGCUCUGAGCGUUCUAUGAUUUCGCUCCUUGCCACAGCCAUCUCCUUUCGGAAGGCCGACGUGAUUGCUGAGAUCGAGAAACAGCUCCCAUCACAUAAAUUCUUAUCUGGCGUCGUUUUCAAGCUCGUUCUUUCGCUUGAAACGUCUGCUUCAGCGUCACCGGUGGGAGACCAUGACGCAUGGCUGCGUGCUACUCGCACUAGUGCAUGGUUGCGGCUUCUUUCCUACGCGAUGGCGGCUUGUGAAAAACCAGGCCGAUCCCAACAAUCGACCUCGCUAGAGCGAAGGAAAUCUGACGAUAGGCAUCGUUCUGGAUCAUCAAAUAAAGAACAGGUCUUGACGCUAGUGGCUGCAAUUCAAAUCAUCAAAAUGAUUAUCGUGAGAGCUGGAGAUGACCUUUCUGUGUCGUUGCCCUCAAUAUGGAUUCGUCUUGCUGCUGUCUUUAGAUCUCUGGUUUCUGAUGGAGAUGCGCGGUUUGCCUUCGAAUCCUCUGAGCAAUCUGCGCCAUCUUCCCCCAUACAUUCACCUCGUUCGAGUAUGACUUCAGUUGAUCCUUUCAAUGCUCAGGAGUCUUUCCUCAUACCAUCAGCAUCCUUUGACGCCCGCCGCCCGUCUCCUCCAGGUAAACCACGAGUCAUCGACUACGUACUUUGGUCUCUCCUGGAGCUCCUUUCUCGCUACCGCACACCUCUCAUACUCCAAUUGAAGUUGCUCGCACAAGCAAAAGUCGCUAUUCUUCACGAGCAGCUCCGCUGCUCUCAAAACAGUUUGCAUCACUCUUCUGGAAAUAGGUCUCCGUCUGUCUUCUCUAAGCCGAGGAAGAGAUCAUCAAGCAUGCAUUCCGCUUUAUCACCCUUCAUCAUCAGCUCUCCAUCAGCUUCUUUUAAUACAGGCCAUAUGUCGCUACAUCCCCCUAUACUAGAAUCCACACCACGCAAGGCAGGGUUUGAGCGCAGUCCAAGUGCAUCACCAGUCGGUGCACAGCCGCGCAUCAUUCACCUCGGUCCUAUAGCACCAGACUUGUGUCUCUCGGCAUCGUCCAGCCAGGAUGUGCGUACGUUGACGAUGUCAACGAUGGUGAAAUCUUCAUCUCUCGUGCGUGCCACAUACCGCCGAAUAAGGCUUGUGCAGGCAUGCAUGGGGUAUAGUUUGCUGUUACCACUGCCUGCAGCGUUCGAAAGGCACAUGUCAGCUGCACUUGAGAGUGCUGGCACGAUGGAUGAUACGAUCGGACUUGGAGGACAUUUAGAAGAGGGAGGAGAAAGGAAGUGGUCGAUCAAGCAAGCGGUUGACGCCCUCUUGGAUGAGAUGCAUGAUCUGGAGCUUGAGUUUCGUGAACGGGAAGCGUGGAGGGAGGUACUGGACGAUGGCCUAGUGGGUUUGCAGCCUGAUGUGAACGAUAGUAGCAUAUUUCAAGAUGCACCACCGAUGGCAAACUGACUGUAAUGGUAUCUAUGUAUUUGACAGCGCACUUUACAAGACUGCAAACUUUUCUGAACUACAUGUGUUCGGGUAUCCUGG